AUGGCAGAGGAAUCUCUUAUUCACAUUUUAUGCGGCCAUGGCGGAGCAAUGGAUUAUGAUAGUUUAAUUGAUAUUUCGUCUGGGAUGCCUGAUUUGAGUGGCCUUUUAGAGACGGUUAUUCAAAAUAAGGAGCUCUUUACAGUUGUGCAAAACGGCGAGAGCAAACGAGUCAUAGCCAAAACUAAUUUGAGAAUUUGUUCAUUAAGCCAAUGUGUAGGUUGUAAUGACCUGCAUUUGUGUAAAUUAUACCUUUUGGGGAAAUGUGGAAGAAGGAAGUGCAGUUACAGUCAUGACUUCAACUCAGACCACAAUACUAGAACAUUAAGGGAGAAGCAACUGCAAAGCCUCAGCAAAACCGAAAUUCGACAGCUCCUCCUUCAAAAUGAUCGGACUCUGCUUCCCAGGGUAUGCGUCUCAUACAACAAAGGCAGUGGUGAGUAUGGAAACUGCCCAGAUAGAGAAGAAUGCAAAAGACUGCACAUCUGUGAGAAGUACAUCAGAGGGAAAUGCCAUGCUAGCAAUGAAUGCAGUCGAUCCCAUGACUUCUAUGAGCCCCACCCAAAGAAAACACUGCACCAGAGGCACGUGCCCAAUGAGCUGAUGGAAUCCAUGCUGUCCAUCUACCAGAACAUUCUGGCCUUGGAAGACAGCAAUCAAACCAGAUAUCAUCCUGGCCCCAAGCCUAAAGAAAAUACCAAGGAUAAAAAGGCAAAUGAAGCUUCACAGAGAGAAAAUCUGCAGAAUGCAGCCUCAGAUGAGAUCUGUUUGUCUUUUGUGAAGGGAUUCUGUAAAUUUGAAGAUAAAUGCUGGAGAGUCCAUUUCAAGAUGCCCUACAGAUGGCAGGUGCAGACAGGUGACACCUGGGUGGAUUUACCAGACAAUGAGGGCAUUGAGAGAGACUUCUGUGACCCAUCGAAGAUUCACAGUACAGGGAAUGAGCCAGUGUGUUUUGAUACAAUGACUCAGGGACUUGACAAAGUCCGUCGUCUCUCUACUGUGUCCUCUGUGAUCCAACCCACUUUCAUCCUCACCACAGACUGGGCCUGGUACUGGGAGGAUGAGUAUGACAAAUGGAUCAAGUACAAAUCUAUAAAAGAAAUGCACAGGAUGGCAUCCAUUAACAGUGCUGAGCUGGAGAAAGAGUACCACAAAGACAGGGAUGCAGUAGUCCACUUCACAGCAGGUCAACAGUCAUAUGAACUCAGUUUCACAGAUAUGACCCAGAGAAAUGAAAGGACUGGCAUGAAACGAGCAGUCAGAAGACGGCCCAUAUAUAUGUCUUCAAAAGAUGUACAGAUGACCAGAAGCAGCAAAAAAGGGGCCUACUCUACUUCUCGAAAUACCAGAAAAGUUCCACCAUCUUGGGACAAAACUUUGAUUCCAGAAACUGGAUACCAGAGAGUUCACCUUCAUUGUUCUGACCGAGAUUACCAGUGGGUCCAGGAACGUUUCAGCAAGACUAUGAGAGGUUUCAACAUUGUCAGCAUUGAAAGGGUCCAGAACAUGGACCUUUUGGAAGACUUUCAAACGAAAAAGGAACGCAUGAAAAAAGCAAACAAGGACAAAAAAUAUGGAGAGGGAGAACAACUGCUGUUCCAUGGAACUGAUCACAGACACAUUGAUGCAAUUUGUCGUGAAAAUUUUGAUUGGAGGGUUUGUGGAGCCAAUGGAACUGUCUAUGGGGAAGGGAGUUACUUCGCCAGGGAUGCAAGUUACUCUCAUGGCUACAUCAGCAAACAACACAGUGAAAAGGUUAUGUUUGCCUGUAGGGUGCUUGUUGGGAGCUACACACGAGGACAGUCUCACUAUCGCCGUCCACCAUCAAAAGAGGACAAUACCUUUUAUGACAGUUGUGUUAAUGAUGUCCGUGACCCCUCAAUUUAUGUAGUGUUUGAAAAGCAGCAGGUUUACCCAGAGUUCCUCAUAACAUACAGAGAGUAUGAGCCACCUCAAGCACCAGCUGCCGUAAGUUCAUCUUCCCGGCUUAUCAUGGAUAUUACAAUCCAAUCCUUUAGUGACACAAAUCCAGCAAACACCACUCUACCUGCUCCAUCUGCCACUGUCCCUCAUCCUGGGCAAUCCACCGUACCCUCUAACAUUACAUCCAUGGCUUCUAGCCCAACACCUUCUCCUUCAGAUCGCAGUUCUCCCUCCCUCCCCUCCAUGUCACAUUCGGUUAAUGACUUACCCGCCAUCAAUUCUAAUUCGAGAUCUCCCCCAUCAAAACACGGUCCGAGUUUACAGUAUGAAUCUACAGCCCAAAUGAUCCCAGUCCAAGUCGCUGACCUGAAUGUCUCUGGGUCAUCUCUGACACCAUUAGAGAAAUCGUCUACCAGAAAGACCAUUACAUCUAGUUCUAGUUCCCUAAGCUUCACUAAUUCUACAUGCCAGUCCUAUGCAACCCCUGGCAUCAGCACCUCACCACUGUCUUUUCAGUCUCGCUCACAUCUAACCUCAGACUCAAGCUCAGAAUCCUUGAGGAGAUCUCCUAACCUUUACCAAACCAGUCUCAAAUCCCAUUUUCACAAACCCAUCCGCAGGUCCAGUGAAAACUUAUACAGGGUGCCCCCAGUCAUUCCAAGACAGAACAAAUCAAGUGAGAAAAAUGAAUGUGUGUUGCUGUGA